UUCCGGUUCACUUGACGUAGCAACAUCUGUGUACUCAUCCGGAACUUGCAGUCCUUUCGUUUUCCCUUCCAACUAAACGAGCGCUUUUAAAACAUUCUCAUGGGGAUAUCCUGUUAUAAAGUCUUCGAAGCAAACCUGUUCAUCUCCAGCCUUCCAUUUACCAGCAUUCAAUUCAAAGAACACUCGAAGGACAAAGAGAGAGAAUAGUGUCCUUCAACACUAAUUGAGUGUAUCGCAGACGUCACUGAAGAAGAUCUUCACCCUGAGAUGUGCGAUCACACCCACGUUUAACGGAAGUUGGAGAUGCCAUACAUCAAAAAAGAGGCAAAGCCAGAGACCCCUUGUAUUAAAGAAGAAAAACAGGAAGAGAAAAUCACCAAGUGUACAGUGACCGUUAGUGUGAAGAGUGAAAAAGAUGAAGGUCCAAGCGAGGAGAGCAAAGCAGCGAAACCUUCGAGCGACAGCUCAUUUCAACACCUGACAACAAAAGGAGGGGGUCAAUGGCUGCCGGACGGCCUAUUAGCACCGCUUUCAGACAGCGACGACGUAACUUCCCACUCUUCUGACUUUAACACUGAUGAGGAGGAUAAUGACUUUGACCAAAAUGCUUCAAAAUCUUUAAAUAAGUCCUCAUUGAAAAGGGACACAAAAGCGGUUGGGAAACCUUUUACCUGCUCACUUUGUGGUCAAAGAUUUCCUUGGAAGUCUCAUUUAGAAAAACAUAAGCGUACACACACAGGGGAAAAGCCUUUUGCCUGCACAGUUUGUGGUAAAAGAUUCACAGAGAAGGGAAAUUUAAACAAACACAAAAGCAGACACGCUGGUGAGAAACAUUUUGCCUGCACACUUUGUGGCAAAAGAUUUUCUCAGAAGACUCAUUUAGAAAUGCACAAGCAUACACACACUGGAGAAAAGCCUUUCCCCUGCUCAGUUUGUGGUAAAAGAUUCACCGUGAAGGGAAAUUUAAACCAACACAUAAAAACUCACACUGGAGAGAAGCGUUUUGCCUGCACACUUUGUGACAAACUAUUUUUUCAAAAGAUUCAUUUGGAAAUGCAUAAGUAUACACACACUGGAGAAAAGCCUUUCCCCUGCUCAGUUUGUGGUAAAAGAUACACCGAAAAGAGACAUUUAAACAAACACAUACGCGCUCACACUGGAGAGAAGCGUUUUGCUUGCACACUUUGUGACAAACUAUUUUUUCAAAAGAUUCAUUUAGAAAUGCAUAAGCAUACACACACUGGAGAAAAGCCUUUUGUCUGCACAGUUUGUGGUAAAAGAUUCCCCCAGAAAAGAAAUUUAAACAUACACAUACGCACUCACACUGGAGAGAAGCGUUUUGCCUGCACGCUUUGUGACAAAAGAUUUUAUAGGAGGAGUCAUUUAGAACAACAUAUGCGUACACACACCGGAGAAAAGCCUUUCUUCUGCUCAGUUUGUGGUAAAAGAUUCACAGUGAAGGCAAAUUUAAACAAACACAUAAGCACUCACAUGGGAGAGAAACUUUUUGCCUGCACACUUUGUGGCAAAACAUUUUCUCAGGAGUCUCAUUUAGAAAAGCAUAAAAAUACACACACUGGAGAAAAGCUUUUUGUCUGCACAGUUUGUGAUAAAAGAUUCCCACGGAAAAGAAAUUUAAACGUACACAUACGCACUCACACUGCAGAGAAGCGUUUUGCCUGCACACUUUGUGACAAAAGAUUUUAUAAGAGGAGUCAUUUAGAACGGCAUAUGCGUACACACACCGGAGAAAAGCCUUUCCUCUGCUCAGUUUGUGGUAAAAGAUUCACCCAGAAGGGAACUUUAAACAAACACGCAAGAAAGCACACCAUAGGCGGAGUUUGACUUUUGGGGCAGGGGGAGCACAACAUGUUGAUGACCCCAAAACGCAGUGUCAGCAAUUAAAUUAACUUACAAGAAUAUUUAUAAUAAUAAGUUGACAAUGGGCGUUUUUUGUUUCCCAUCACUCUUAAGGGGAAUUGAGGAUGGAACGGAGGUAAAUUAGUGUCUUUAUUAUUCAAUCAAAAAAAAAGUUGCUUCAAUCAAAAUAUUUUUUACUUAAAAAAAGUUGCUUCAAUUAAAAAAUGUGUUUGAAUGCAAAAAUACAUUUGAAACUCCCCCCCCAAAAAAGCAUGUGAAAGCUAUUUUUUUUUUUUUUUUUUUUUUUGGAUUGGAGUCAAGUUUUUUUGUUUGACUGAAGUAAUGUUGAUUUGUGUUUGGACCACAUUUUGGCUAGGACAUUUUUGUCUUUAUUAUUUAAUAAAAAAAAGUUGCUUCAAAAAAGAAAUAUCACUUCAGUCAAAAAAAGAAAAAUUUCAAUCAUAGAAAAGGUUUUGGAAUGCGAAAAAAUAUUUGGGAUUGAAAAAUUUGCAUUUGAACACUGAAUUUGUCAUUGAAAAAGUUUUCUUUGAUUGAAGCAAUCCUGUUUGUGUUUGGGCCAUAUUAGGGGUAGGACAUUUGUGUCUAAAUCAUUCAAUCCCAAAAAAAGUUGCAUCAAUCAAAAAAAUUGUUUCAAUCAAAUAAAAUCAUUUGAAAAAUAAAAUUGUUCCCCCCCUAAUUUUUUGUUGUUGUUGAAAAUUAUAUGCAAAGCAAAUGACCGUCUAAGGUGCUAGUCACAUGAUCAGUUCGAAAAAUAAUUUUGACCCAUUAUAAAGUUUUUUUUAGUUAAUUUCAUGUAUUCUUGUUACAGUGACUCUUGUUACUCUUGUUACAGCUUGUUGCAUGUG